GAUACAAACGAGGGAAAUUUCAAACUUUACGAAGUUGUGUUACUAGAAUCUCUCUUUUUUGUCGACGUUUUUUGUGCUUGUUUCUGUUGUCUGCUUCUUUAAGAGAUUGAUAAGGUUGUUGAGUAUUUUAUUGAGGUUUGAAAAAUAAAGUAAAAUGGCUGGAUCGGCUGUCAUGCAAUAUUCUGUCGUAACAAGCUGUUUUGUUUGUGCUGCGAACGGGAUUAAAAAAGCAAAUAAACAGCUUCUUCCCUCUCUAAAUUUGCCUAGGUUGCGCAGGAUUAAUACGCCUUUGAGAGUUCGUUGCAUGACCAAGGAUCGUGAGCAGAAGAAGCAGCCAACGCCGGUGCGAAACUCGCCACCGCAGCCAACUCUGCCCCCUUCUCCUCCAACACCUAAGGUAAGCACCAAAUUUUCCGAUGUUUUGGCGUUCAGCGGGCCAGCGCCGGAGAGGAUCAACGGAAGGCUGGCAAUGGUCGGAUUCGUAGCCGCGAUGGCGGUGGAACUAUCCAAGGGUCAGGACGUGUUUGCACAGAUAAGCAACGGUGGGAUCUCAUGGUUUGUUGGAACAAGCCUAGUGUUAACGUUGGCUUCUCUAGUGCCAUUGUUCAAAGGGGUGAGUGUGGAGUCCAAGUCAAGUGGGGUCAUGACUUCGGACGCUGAGCUCUGGAAUGGUAGAUUUGCAAUGCUUGGCUUGGUUGCUCUGGCCUUCACUGAGUACGUUAAGGGUGGGACCCUUGUGUAAUGUCUAGGCCUCUUUUUGUGUCUUGUAUUUCUCGGCUUGGAAAGCUAGUGCACUGCAAGAGCUUGUAGUUAUGUAAUCCUAAUUUCCUAAAGUUGGCAAUAAAAUUUAUACGUUUCAAAUAGUAACCAAAAA